UUUGCAAUCUCAAACGGUUAGACGGCUUCGAACGGGCAACAGGUCCCUACGCGGAGAGACUGUGUCCGGAUUUCGCUUACUAAAAUUCGUUUCGUUUCUUUUGAAUAUUGUGGUUUCAUUUUUUUAAAGCCUCCAGAGUUUGCGGAUGUUUUCGUAUUUAUCCUUCGCCGGGUACGCGUAGACGGGUUCGUGUCCUGUCGGAUCGUUGAAGUAGCGGUUUCGUGCGUGUUUUUGGAUGCUGUUUAUCUCUGAGUGUGUGUGUGUGUAUGAGUUUUGUGUGCAAGUUUGCAAGUUUGCAAGUUUAUUGGAGCCGAAGCGAGUUGGGUGCAGACCCAUUUGCCCAAUGUGCAUUGCUGCGCAAAUAAUAAUGCGAUGUGCCAGAGGCAAAAGUGGCUCAAUGCUGGGUGCGCUUAUGCGGCUGUGUUUUCGUCCGUAAAUGGUUCCGUUUCGAUCGAAUGAAGCGACAUAAGGAGGAAUCAUAAGUGCCUACGCUAAGCGCCCCCUGAGGGAAGAGCAAAUGUCAACGUGAGAAAAGUAACAACCAUUCAAAGUGGCUGUGUGUUGGAAAACAAGAAGCAACAAAAGAAGAUCUCAAGUGUUGUAUCGGGAAUUGAUUACCGGAAUAUUAUUUUUCGGCGAAGAGUGUAAAAGCCCGCAUGUUAUUCCAGCUUCCAGCAUUUUAUCGUAAUUGGAUUAGAAACGUGAUCGGAGCCCGAAUAGUGUUAACUUUGGCAGAGAAAUAUAGAAGGAGAGAGCAAGCGACUGGAUUUGAAACACACUGGCGAGGGCAGCAUAAAUCGUUAAAGUUCAUAAUGGAAUAGACUUGGAGAACAACCAAAAUACAACCGGCAACAGAAUGUAUCACACGUCGUCCUCAACGCUGUCAUCAGAAACACAUGCUGCCACACUGCCAAGACCAUCGGCCGGUGGCCAUCAGAAGCUCCAUCAACACCACCAUUACCAGCAGCAGCAUCAGCAUCAGCAUUAUCCGUUUCAUUCAUCUACCCAUCCGCCGGGUGCCGGUGCGAGUCUCAAAAUCAGAGUUCCACCCCCGCACGGAACGUCAUCUUCACUAUCAACAGUACCAGCGACAGAGACAGGCGCGGCAGAUGCCCCAAACAGACUGAAGACGAGCCACAAUCAAACUCACUUCCCAGAACACCACCAGCAGCAGAGACCAGUCGUGUACCAGGGCGGCGGUCAUUCGAACCAACAACAACAACAACAACAACAGCAGCAGCAGCUGAAGGCCGGGCCAAGACCCAAUUACGGUGCCUAUACGACAAACACUUUACCGCGGGGGCCUUAUCUUCAGUAUAAGUAUAACAAUAUUAGCAGUAUUCCGAUCAGUGACAAUAAUUGCAAGCACGACCAGCAGACCAAGCAGAUCGAGGCACUGCGCAGCGAAUUCCUAGAGCUGGCCACCAGUCGUGUCCAGCAGCAGCAGCGGAAACAGCAACAGCUGCACCAACUUGCAACUGAACAUUUCAACAACAACAACAACAACAUUAACAUCAAUUCCGGAGGUUCCUCCAAUGGUGGCGACGAUCGGGACUCGCCACGAAGCACCAAUUCAGGGUCCUCCGCGGCCACGGCGAUCACUGCGAUCGUAGGCACAGUCGGAGCUUACCAACAUCAGCACCAGCAAUCGCAAUCGCAAUCGCAACCGCAUCAACAGAAUAAUCAACAAGACUGCGCUAGUAAUAGUAAUAGCAAUAGUAGUAGUAAACAUCAUCACUACCAUCAUCAACAACAACACCAGCAACAUCAGCGUCAUCAUCAGCAGCAUUACCCUCCCCAUCUUCAGACCAAUGUUAACAAUCCGCCGCAGCAAAUGAACCCGAACAUUGCUGUUCCCCCAUCAAUCCCUGGAGGAGGAGUCAGUAGCAGAGGGGGAACCCUUGAGAGAGGGGGUGGAAGCAGAGGGGGAAGCGGGCGGAGUGCCAGCAGCUACAACCUGAGCUUCGUGACGCUAGCGGAUGUGGUGGCCCUCAAGAGGAUCAGCCAGGCCGAGGGUUGGGCCCUGCUGUGUCAGUCGGUGCAGGCGCUGCAGGAUCUGUUUCUGGCGGACACCCCAUCGAUAACGAAGGUACGCCCGCUGAUUUCGCCCACCGGGCUGCAGAUCACUCCCCGCGGCAAGGUGAUUUUCAGCAUCGUCUCCGUCAGCCAGCCGCUGGUUGAGGGAAGCGGCGGAGGGGGAGGAGCGCCGCCGUCUGCAUCGCCGCCCACGCCAUACUUCAGCACCAAGAGCUUCCUUUCGCCGGAGUAUGUAAACUCGCUGGGGAAGAAAAUCAACUUCUCCGAAUCGGACAUUGAGAAGAUGUGGAUCUACUCGCUCGGUGUAACGUUGCAGAAAACGAUUUCCUCAUUUUCGGUCAACUAUCAACGCUUCGGAGGCACAAAACAGCAGCAGGAUGAUCCCAGCGGUGGACAAAGUGACGACGGUGGUGGCGGCGGCGGAGGCGGCGUUGGCGGAGAUGGUCUCACUGCACUGGACCAUGUGAUACUGGCCAUGUGCGAGGCAAAUCUGUACAAACGGGCCAGCCUCAUGUUUCUGCUUGACAUCAUCUCGGACUACUGUAAAACCCACCACCUGUUUAAACCCUUUUCUCACAUGGUGAUCGACUUGUUCAAGGAAGUCGCUUCGGUGGCCACGGCCCGUGAUGGACCUAAGCAACCGACAAAGCAACAUCAUCAAGCCAAGCACAUGACGGAAUCUUACGAGGAGCAAAAAAGUGACACCGAUUCGGGCCGCAGUUCGGACCACGGUGAACUGAUAGAGGUGCAUCGCCGGAAGGACAACUUCGUGGCCCCGCCGAUCAACUACGGCAUCACGAUCAGCGGACACGAUCUGGAGCAGGCACGAUACUUCGGGUCGACCGCCAAUUUACGGGUGAAACGGGCCGAACCGGACUGCAAGUUCCGGUCACUGCCCCGGCCGACGGAAUCCGGAAACCGACUCGAGCCGGUGCGGAACUAUGCAACGAUUGGGUACUCGAAGAGUGUAAAGAUCGCCAAUUCAGGAGGAGGAGGGCCGGGCGUUGAGAACGGUGCGGACAUGCGGAAAGUGCACGUGGUUCGGAGACGGCACAACGCGGACAUGCUGCGGAAGAGGAACGAUUUUCGGAGAAAUACGAUCGAUGUAACGAUGGUUGAGGUGAAGAUGGCUGAGGUGCAACAGCAGCAGCAGUAUCAGCAGUAUCAGCACGGGGAAAGGUUGCAGCGCAGCCACACGCGGCUGGUUCCGUCCAAGUCGACCAACCAGCUCCAUCUGGCUGACGAGGAUGGAACCGAGUUCAGGCGAAAGAUUGAUGAAAUGAGUUUCAACGCCACCUCGAUGCCAAAUCUUGGAGCCCCAAUUGUGUCGAUUUCGCAGGCAAACGUUGUUGGUAGUGAACGAUCCGGCAGCAGGGUUGAAGCGAUGGAUGAUGGCCGCAGGGUUACAUUCGAUGCUUCCAAAGCCCCAGAAUUUGUGCGAAAUGCCAGCAGCCUACCGAAAAUAGUCGAUCUCACGGAUGCAAAGACACAACACAAGCGGACGGUCACAAUUCUGCUGUUGAACGGCACCAAAGUGAACGUUAUUUGCAACCCUACCACAACGCUGGCCAGCCAGAUUUUUGGGGCCAUCCUCAAGCUCGAGAAGCUUACGGAGAACUUUUUCCUGGGAUUGUGUGCGCUCAUCGGAGGAGAUUUUGUGUUUCUCCCGCAGGAUUUGAAGAUCUACAAGGUCGCACCCCAGGUUUGGGUCAACACAACGAAAAAAUCCGCCACUCUGAGUGAGAAUGUCGUCUUCACACUUUAUCUGCGGAUAAAGUUCUUUUUGCCAACGCUCCGCGGGGUUAGCUGCUUGGAAUCGCGCCAUCUGUUGUAUCUGCAGCUGCGCAAAAGCAUUCUGGAGAGACAAAUUCUCUGCUCCGAGGACGAUUUGAUUGCUCUGGGAGGACUUGCGCUGCAGGUGGAAGUGGGAUGCUUUCGGGAGAAUAUGAAAUACGCGGAAUACUUUACCAUCUCGCACUACCUUCCGGAGGAGGUCUACCGGAAGAAGAAAGAGCUGGCAAAGUACCUCCGGAGUUCGCACUUCUGCAAGCGAGGUCUUCAUCAGCUCGAGGCGGAGCACAACUUCAUCCGCUACGUGCAGGAGUUGAAGGAGUACGGGCUGCAUCUGUACAGCGCGUCGUGGACUACCGAGGAGAAUAUGACGCUAGAGGUGUACGUGGCGAUUUCGCUCAGCGGUGUAGCGAUCUUCGAGCGAAAUCUGAAGUUUAACCCAAAAGGGGCACAGCAAGAGUUUAGCAAUGGCAAGAACUCCUACCAGCGGCAUCUGUAUGCGUUCUUCGAUUGGUUGGAGAUCGAGAACAUUUGCUUCUCGAAGCACGUGUUUUGUGUGGUGGUCAGGAGGACGGAAAGUUUGAACCCGAAGGAUAAGAGUCGGGUCAAGUACAAACUGAGGAUGGACGGAAGGAAGAGCUACUUUGCUUUCAAUCUCGCCUCGGAGCACCACAAAUUCUACAUGAAGUUGCGCAACUCCUUCGUGUCCAUCAAAGCGCUCUCCAGCGAGCUCAACAUCCCCAUCUGCGAACCCCCUAGCGCACGCAAUGCCGAAAAACCGAACAAACUGAACGUGGCCGAUGUAGACGACAAGGCAGCCUUCGACGCCAAGCACGUGGACAAAAUCGACAAACCGCUGAAAACCACCGCUCUUCGGGUUCGCAACCUCAAAAAAUCGAUGCUCAACGACAAUCGACUGGCGAAGUUGCGCCAAAAGUUCCUCAUCAAGCGCUCCAAGUCUUCCGUGGAAGGGCCUCCUCCGUCAUCGUCGUCAUCUUCGGCGCUGAAUCAAUCGGUGGAAAUCGCGAAUCAGCAGAAUCAAAACAAAGAAAACGAAAAUCCGGCCUAUGGUGAGGGCGUCGUAUCCGCCCCGUCUCCGGUACCACCUGUCGCCUACCCGGCGUCACCGGAGAUCGGCAUGUCGCCAGACGAUUCGCCAAAAACGCACAGCAUCAACCGGAACCGGGUGAAGAUGGGGACGCGGGUGUUCUCGGCUCAGUUCCUGAACAAGUCGUUUGACAAUCUGUACGAUUAUCCGAUGGGUGGCGGAGGGGCGCUGAGUGGGGCCAAUUCGUACCAAAAUCUUGCCAAUGGAAGCUUCAACGAGGACGAUGAACUGCUGAUGAACUACGAGCGGAACGUCGAUCCGCUGCUCCUGGAAAGCAACGUGGACGAUGCGCUGUCAGUGAAAAGCAGCAUGGGAUCGGUGUAUUUUAUGGAGAAGAUCGAGGAGAAAUCGAUCGAUGGCAGCGAGGAGACGUUAUCCCCGAAGGCGUGUGUGAUUCAAUCGAGCAUUCGCAGCGAGAAUGACCACUUCGGGUUACCCGAUGAAACAAUCUCCGAUACACUGUUGGAGAAAUUCAACAACCUGAGCUGCAGCGCAUCGAUCAACGAUCGGAUUCUGACGUCGGUCAUUGUGGUGAAGGAUUUCAUAAAUCCGACUAGCGAGAAGCUUCAGCAUGAGCAGCAGCAGCAAUCCAAAAAGCAGGCGCUGGCUCGGAAGCGAUCGUUUUUGUCCAGGAGUCAGGAGUCGGUUCUGUUCCGCAACGGUGGUAACACCCGGUUGGUAUCGUUCGGGGGAGACGAUUUGAGUUCGGACGGCGGAAUCGCUGACUGUGGAACCGGAGUGGAGGACACGAAGGGCGCAAGGUACACACUUGGGAUUAGUAUCGUCCAGGGCUCGGACAACAAUGUGUAUGUGAAGGAUUUGGUACCGAACGGGCCAGGAGCCAGAUCAGGGGUCAGAAUCGGGGAUCAGAUUAUCGCCGUUGAUGGGCGCUCGCUGCUAAAUCUCCCUUACUCCGAGUCGCUAGCGAUUCUCCAAACGACAGGCCGAACGGUCGAAUUAGUCCUGUCACAAAUCUACGUGCGACAGGCGUUGAGUUCGAGCACUAUCAACAACUGCCAGGACGAGCCAUUCACCUCAAAACUGGAGGCAGUACGGAUGGCGACGGCUUCCGUCGCCAAGUCCAACAGUUUAUACAUCAAAAAUGGAGCUCUGCAGUCGCGGAAAAGCCCAGUAAUCGGUGGAAAGACGACAGGACGAGACGAUAUUGGAAACCAUUUCGAAGCUCUUCGCUCGUUCUAUCAACAGCAAAGUCAAGCCCAGGCCCACCAGGCUCAGGAGGACCGCAAGGCCAACCAGCAGCGGUAUACCAAAAAUGUGGCGGAUAUCUUGCGGGCCAGGAACCGAAUCAACGAGCUUAACAACGAGAACUGUGUUGGGAUGGGAGGAAUUUUGAGUCCCUCCAAAAGUAUGCCCGAUCUGCCAAAGAUUCUCCAAGCUUUCACCAAAUCCAACUCAGUGAGCCCAACCUCAUCGAGCGGCUGCGGUGGUUCCACGGUGACGCUCUCGUACAGCAGCUCGAAUCGGACCCAGCCAAAGUCGUUGCCUCCGCCGAAAACGAUGGGCCUCUCGCGGAAGUACACCGGACCGGCCCGGUUUCCGGUGACCCCGGUCAAAGACUGCCUCCGCACGAUCUCUGUCCAUCCGGGAAGCGGGAAGGUCCAGCUGUCCCUCUCGAAUGCCUCCGAGGACGAGCAGGUGUUCAUAUAAAUAGAUCUCCUCCCGCCGCUGAGAAUCUCCAAGUUGAAAAAGUUCAAGCAGUGGAAUGGCGCCUCCAUCCUCAAUCUCAACCAACUGACGAAUUUCCCAUCACGCAGACGAAACGGUGACAGCAUGGUGACAACAACCACC